AACGACGUCAAACAUGCGCGGUGCGAACUAAGGCAUUUCCUGUCAAGAUGGCGCUGUGCAGAGGAGUGGGUCUGUGGAGGACAUGCAGCAUGUUGUUGUCCAGACAGCCUCUCCUGUUCCCCGCUGCUGUCCGAACACAGAGCUCUGUGAGCGGGGACCUGGUGCCGCGGACCUCCCUGUCCAGGCCGCAGUGGCCGGAGCAGACCCUGCAGUUCUCGGAGGAGGAGGAGCGGAGCCGACACGCCGCCGUGGUGAGCGCCGUCAACCAGCAGAUCAACCAGCAGGACUACGGGCGGCUGUUCGCCGUGGUCCACUUCGCCGGCCGUCAGUGGAAGGUCACCGACGAAGACCUGAUCCUGAUCGAGAACCACAUCGAGGCGGAGUGCGGGGAGCGGAUCCGGAUGGAGAAGGUGCUGCUGGUCGGCGCGGAGGACUUCACCCUGAUCGGCAGGCCUCUGCUGGGGAAGGAGCUGGUCAGGGUCGAGGCUACCGUGAUCGAGAAGACCGAGUCCUGGCCCAAAGUCCACAUGAGGUUCUGGAAGAGACACAGGUUCCAGCGCAAGAGGAUCAUCAUCCAGCCACAGACGGUGCUGAGAAUCAACAGCAUCCAACUGGCCCCCAGUCUGACAUGAUGAAGAUGAUGAAGACUGUAAUGUUUCACACACAGACUGAGGGUUUAUUUGUUCUCAGUGAUUAUACGUAAACAAACUUCAUGACUUUGACUCCCGUGUUUCUGAUGAAGAACUGGGCCCGGAUGUUGACUGUUUACUGCUGUAAAUAAACCUCCAUCUUUUCCAGAUGGAUAUUUAAAGAUUCUCUGUUAGCAGGAGUUGUUUUUAAAGUCCUGAAGGGUAUUAAAACAAACCAUCUCAAAUCCAGUUAUGUAUAAAUCUGCCACGUGUUUCCUGGUCAGAACACAGAAACAAAUAUUAUACCUGAUAAAGGUUAAAAAAGAUAAGACACAAUGAUGAGUUGAUUGACAUAAGAAUAAAGAUUUGAUGUUAAUUAUUUAUUAGGUAAAAACUAUAAAACAUUUUCUGUUUUUAAAGCUGAGGCAGCACAUGAAGACUUGAUUUUAAUGCUGCAGUCACACUUUGGAAACAGUAAUGUAUAUUAAAUAUGGCUGCAAC